AUGGUGUACAUACACUUGACAGCGCUGUUACUCCUGGCCGUUCCGGUCAACGCCUUCCUCUUCCCAUCAUUAGGUGGGGGCGGAGACUGCGGCGGUGGCUGUGGUGAUCUUUUUCAACUAUUUUAUUUUCUAGUUGAAAAAUUAUUAGAAAUCAGAAUUUUUAUCGCACCUUCGAAAGUAUUUUUUUUCACACUCACGCACUUUUCGGUUGUUUAUUUUUCAGUGACUUUCCAGUUUUCAGAUAAUUUUAGUGAACGAAGUUUUCAGAUUUACUUGAAAAAAAAAAUCAACAUACAAAAAUCAGAGCCUGGAAAAAGUUUUGCAUAAACACUUUCAUUUUUCAGGAGGAGGCGGCGGUUGCGGCGGUGGCUGCGGCGGCGGAGGUCAGAAUUUUCUCCGAAUUUAUUAUUUUUUUAAAAACGUUUAUUCCGAAAGUUUGAAAAAUCUUCCGCUUAAGUUGAAAAAAAUUACUUGAAACCCAGAACUUAUGAGCUUCACUACAAGGUAGAUUCUAAACGAGAAAUGCUGGAAAAUGAUUUUUAUUGACACUUUUCACUCAUUACGGUUGUCUAGACUACUAAACUUUCGGCCUGCCGAGUCACAAAUUGAGUUCGAUCAAGAUAUUCAAAACUGAACAAAAAUUCUUCAGGAGGCUGCGGCGGAGGCUGCGCUCCACCACCACCACCUCCUUGCGGCGGCGGCUGCGGAGGUCAGCCUUUUUUCUUGAAAUAGAUUUUAAAUAACCAGGAUCGCCAGUUGAAACAAGCGACUGUCUUUUUGAAAAGAAACCUCAUAAAUUACUCAGUUUUUGAGUUUUUCCAUGUUUUUCAUAUACGUAAUUGAACGUUUUCUACGAGCUUAUGACUUUUUCUACGGAAUAAAUAUAAGCUCCAAAGAAAUUUUGAUUUUAUCGGCCUGUGUCUUUUGAAUUUUGACUCAAGCAGAUCUCAUUCUCCAAGAAAGAGCUUCAGGAGGCGGCGGCGGCUGCGGCGGAGGCUGUGCUCCACCUCCACCCCCACCUCCACCUUGCGGCGGUGGAUGCGGAGGUUCGAACUUUCAUAAAUUACCUCAUUGCUCAUGUUAACUAAUUGCUACUCAGGAGGCGGCGGCGGUUGCGGCGGAGGCUGCGCUCCACCACCACCCUCUGACUGCGGCGGAGGCUGCGGAGGUAGUUAACUUCUUUAUUCUUUUUCAAAAUAAUCUCGAUCAAAGUAUACCUAUUGAAAAUGAUUCGAAACGGUCUGGCUUGUCUGCGACCUCUUUUCUCUCAAAAUAGGAAGAGAAGAAAAAGAGAGUGCAGGCGGACCUGAACUUUUCAAGUCUACAAAAGCUUGAGAAUAUACUUUAGUAGCUUUUCUUCCAGAAGACGUUGAUUUUUCUAAAAUUGAGCCAAUGUGGCGGAUCCGAAUCUCAACAUAGGAAGAAAGGAAUUUCAGAAAAACCUGAUUAUUUUGAGUCUACAAAGCCUUAAGAAUAUACUUCAAGUGGCUUUUCUUCUAGAAGAAAUUGAUUGGUCUGAAAUUGAGCCACCUCAGAAUAGUCAAAAACGAACAAAUCGCCAUUUUUCGGCAUUUUUCAUAAUUGAACUCGUCCAAAUCUACGAAUGGUUCAGGAGGAGGCGGCGGCGGCGGCUGCGGCGGAGGAUGUGCACCACCUCCACCACCACCAUCACCUUGCGGCGGCGGAUGCGGAGGUCCGUCUUUUCCCUUCUUGAUGCAGCUUUUCCUCUCAAACGAUUCAAAGAAGCUUCUUCAGGCGGCGGCGGCGGAGGCUGCGGAGGAGGCUGCGCAGCUGGACCACCACCCGCUCCAUCUUGCGGAGGAGGAUGCGGAGGUCAGCAUUUUCAACGGCUAUGACUAAAUUUAGGCGUUUCUUUCGAUAAAUUUGUGAAAAUUAGAAAUAUGGUUGAAAUUCCUGGCUGAAAGCAGUCUACCGUCUUACUAAAUUCGUCGUAAAAUGGGCAAAAAAAAAUUUUCUUUUUCGAAAAACUAAGUGAUUUGACCAUCUGACAGAGUGUUCUACAGGCUGAUACAAGAUUCAAUAGAAUAACAGUUUUUAUAGAAGGCUUGGAUUCAGAAUUCUGACCAAGAUUCAGUUUUUUCUUUCCGAAUAAACCCAAAAAAAACUUCUGCAGGAGGCGGCGGCGGCGGCGGAGGCUGCGGAGGAGGAUGCGGCGGCGGUGGACCAGCUCCAGCUCCAUCUUGCGGCGGUGGAGGCGGCGGCGGCGGUUACGCUGUUGCUCCAUCCGGUGGAGGCUGCGGAGGAGGAGGCGGCGGCGGCGGCGGCGGAUACGCCACAGCUCCUUCUGGAGGCGGCGGAGGCUACGCUACGGCUCCAGGAGGCGGCGGCGGAGGAUAUGCUACUGCUCCAGGAGGAGGAGGCGGCGGAUACGCUACUGGUUAGUUUCAGCAGAAUCAUUUUUUGAAAAUCAGCACAGUUUGAGCCAUGUGCUUGAAACAGAAAAUAAGGUUUUUUUUUUCUAAAAAUUUGGGAGAUUCUUAUCCGAUGUAGCAGUAAGAAGCCCUGAAAGUAUCAACCUAAAUACCUUCUCAGUCACGAUUUAAAAAAAAAUGAUUCCUUGGAAAAAACAGAACCUUCUUCGUUCAAAUAAAAGAAAAGCGAAAAUGUGGCGAACUUUGAAAUGAUUGAGAUUUUCAGCUGGAGGAGCUGGAGGAGGCUACGCUGCUCCACCUCCACCACCACCACCCCCAAGCUAUGCUUCUUCAGGAGGCGGAUACGCUUCUUCUGGAGGCGGCGGCGGAUAUGCUGCUCCAGGAGGAGGAGGCGGAUAUGCUCAAGGUUGGGAUUCAAUCCGGAAUGUUGAAAAUAGAUUGAUGAAUCGAUAAACAAAAGACUUAUUUCAUUUGCUUUUAAGUUUUGGACUCGUAGAGUUGUAAGAAAUAGAACCCUUUCUUCUAUUUUUCAGAAACCUUUCUGAAAAUCCACGAUCAAAUAUGAAGACAACCUAACUGAUUUCAAAUGGUUUUUGUAAAAAUUUCUGAACCAGUUCACGUCUAAAUAUAAAUAUUUCAAAGCAUGGAAAAUAGCAAAAUAUCCAUUUUUUCAGGAGGAGGCGGCGGCGGUGGCUACGCCCAGCAAGGUAGUUUCAAUGAAAAAUUUUGGUCACAAAUUCCAAAAAAAGGACCUAAAGAACUAACUAUUAUCAAAAAUUUUCAGGAGGAGGCGGCGGCGGAGGCUACGCUCAGCAAGGUACUUUAGUUCUGGAAACUGACAAAAAACAAUUAUUUGAUUGUAGGAGGCGGCGGCGGCGGAUACGCUAGCGGUGGAAGCGGCGGCGGAGGCUAUGCCGCUGGAGGAAGCAGCGGAGGCGGAUACAGCCAAGGAGGCGGCGGCGCCGGAGGCUACAGCCAAGGAGGAGGCGGCGGCGGCGGUAAGGCUUUCAGGAUGCUUUUCGGGGUUGAACUGGAAUUGAAAAGGAAGAUAAUUUAAGCCUGCUGUCUCUUAUAAAAUUUCACGAACGCUACCAGAAAUUCCAGGUAGAUAUUUUUGAUAACCGCUACCUGAUCCAAUUUUUAGAUUUCUGGAUGAUUUUUUGAAUUAAAUUUUUUCAAGAAUUCAGGUCAUUUUUUGUGUUAUAUGGAAACUUUGAAAAAUCACUUCAAAAAUAAAAUCCUCAGUAAUCCAUAACAUUCAUGAAUUCGACUUCGGAUCUCAGAAAACACCUGUUUUAAAGUUUUCAACGUUCUCUAAUGUACUAGGUACAGAAAACGGUCUCCCAAAUCUAACUCUCCCCAAAAAACUCCUUCCAUGACUUUCUCAACUUCUUAAUUAGGAUCGCAGGAAUUUCUCUAAAAACUUCCGCUUGCAGGCUACCAACAAUCGGCGGCUCCUCCACCUCCACCGCCACCUCCCCCAGCGCCAGCGGCGCCAUCCGGCGGCGGCGGCGGCUACCAGGAGCAGCAAUCCGUGGGUGGUUCCUCCUAUUCCGAAGGCGUUCGUUUGCGGCUUUUCCGACACCGACAAAUUUGAGAAAAGAAAACGCCUUGCCAAUUGUCCUGUAUAUAAAUGUCACAUCAACGUCUUCGUCUACGCUAACGCAACGCAGAAAAAAAAAAUUGCAACACACGAAAAAAUGGCAUGUUUUUUUUUAAAAAUCCCCAGCAUGUUCAAAGGAAUGCCAGAAUAAUAUUUUGAAAAAAAAGCUUAGCAUGAGAACUGACUAUUACCACAACAAUAGAGCUGCAACAAAGAAACGCCGGAAACGGAACAAAACUUCUCAGUUGAAAACUUCUAUUUUUAAUUCAAACGCAUCUGAAUUCGAAAACAUGUAGCCUUUGCGAUUUUCAAACUUUCCAGGCUCCAGCUCCAGCACCGGCUCCAGCUCCAGCUCCCCCACCGCCACCGCCACCGCCACCAGCUCAAGCUCCAGCUCCAUCUGGCGGCGCCUAUCAAGGCGGAGCUCCAUCAGGAGGAGCAGAAGCAGCAGCCCCUAGCGGUGGCAGUUACCAAGGAGGUGCUUCUCAAUCGUCCGGAGGCUAUCAAGGUGGAGCUCCGUCCGGAGGAGCAGAAGCAGCCGCUCCUAGCGGUGGCAGUUACCAAGGAGGUGCUUCUCAAUCGUCCGGAGGCUACCAAGGAGCAGCUCCAUCUGGAGGAGCACCUAGUGGCGGCCGCUAUCAGGGUGCUGCCAAAGGAGGAGAGUCAGCCCCGGCCGGAGGAACCUAUCAAGGAGAAUCUGCGCCAUCUGGAGGUGAAUCGGCUGGCUACCAAGGAGGAAACGCCUCCGGAGCUGAACAAGUGGCUGCGGCCUCAGGAGAAAGCGGCUAUCAAGGCGGAGAAUCUCCGGCCGGCGCCAACUACGACCAAGCCACCGAAGAAGCUGAAGAGUACGAGGGAGGAAGCCAAUUCCGACAUAGACGCUUCUCGAAGAAUCGUUUCGGAGACAGCACGCCUUGCAACUCUUCCGAGCUCAACAAAAUCAUUCGACAGGUGAGAGAUGAGAACUUCCGUUUUCUAUCAAAAACAUGAUAUUCAGGGUCUGACUACUGACGCACAGUCUUCGACGCAGAAGAUUGCGUCACGCGUCAGCGACAACUUCUACGUCGCUUGCGGCGAGAACGUCGCCCCACUCUCCGACGAACACCGCGAACACUGCUACGUUCGCUCGCAGCACUUUGGCUGCUACGUCAUUCGCAAGCUCCACUAA